AUGGAGGUGAGUCGCGCAAGGCAUGCAGAUGAGUCGCACACGAGUCGCACGCCGCAUGCUCCAAGUUCCAACCCCAUCGAAUCCCUCAUUGCAACAUCCCUUUCCAUCUGCCAAUCCCGUCAGAUCCCUCGGUACAACAUCCGUGUCGCUGCAGUCACAUCCAACUUCCUCAGCAACGCCACGGCCCUCCCGUCUACCUCCUCCUCCUCUCCCUCCCCGUCCCCCUCCCCCUCCGCCUCCUCCUCCCCCUCCCCUUCGCCCUUCUUCGGAUCGCGAGUCAACCUGGACCAGCUACAGGACGAAAUUCUCAAUCUCAUGCCCCUUGCAGACCUUGUCGUUUUCCAGGCGACCAACUGGUGGACCUCUCGCGCGAACAGAUUCUUUAUAGGAGACACCGAGUUAACUACAGUAACAGUCGCAGAGGCCUACGAGAUGGCCCUGCAAACACUGAAAUCCUUUGUAGAGCGGGCGCAGGAGCGCGCGUUCAAGGGCAGGGCGGUGCUGCUGGGGGCGUCCCCUACGCACUAUGACCUGCCUCUGCCAGGUGUCCCUGGGGGGUCGUGCCAGGUCAACCAGAAACUCACGUGGCUGCAGGCGCAAGAGAUUCGACAGGGAGACACCAAUGUGGAGGGGUUUAGAGAGGUGGAGAGGCGGGUGCUGUCGGGGUCUCCUAUCCAGUACCUGGAUGUGGGGCCCAUGAGCGACUCACGACCGGAUGGUCACAUACAGAACUGGAUGGAUCCAGGAGAGACGAGUCUAUCUACGCGUGAUGAUUGUCGCCAUUGGUGUGAAGGUGGAGUGACCGACGCAUGGCUCGAGAUGUUGUACAAUACACUUCUAUACUAG